AUGACAAAUUUAUAUCAGCACCUGAAACAGCACAGAGAAAAGUAUGAUGAAUGCAUGACGGUGAAAGCCCAGAUUAGUAGAGAGACAGCUGAACAAAACAAAAAACAACCUGUAAGCCAAACAAAAAGCACAAUUACAGAUGUGUUUGCGAGUAUCACGCCAUACAACAAGUCUUUACAGAGAUAUAAAGAAAUCACCGACUCCAUAACGCACUGCUUGGCAAGAUACAUGAUGCCCAUAUACACCGUUAGCAAAGUGGGAUUUCAGAAAAUGAUCCACACACUGGACAAGAGGUACCAACUGCCCUCGCGAAACUAUUUCUCUCAAGUUGCAGUCCCUGAGCUUUACAGCAAAUGCCGUGGCGAGGUUCAACUGGAAAUGGCUACGGUGACGUUCUUUUCAACCACUACGGAUCUGUGGUCAAGCAGGACGACUGAAACAUAUAUUAGCCUAACUGUGCACUUUCUCGACGAGGAGUUUGAACUGAAAAGCCGCUGCCUGCAAACAUCCUAUUUCCCCGAUGACCACAAGGGAGAGAACAUAGCCUUGGGCUUGAGAGAGGCACUGGCUUCAUGGGACCUCUGUGAGGAGCGUCAGGUCGCUAUCACAACAGACAACGGCACUAACAUUGUCGAAGCGGUGGAGCUUAAUCAGUGGACUAGAUUCCAGAGCUUUGGGCAUAGACUUCAUCUGGCUAUCGGAAGAUGGUGGGCCACUUCUCCCAUAGCUGGAAGAAAAGAAGCACAAAGAGAGCUCAACCUCCCAGAGCAUGCCAUGGUGACAGACUGCUCAACACGAUGGGGUUCCACUCAGAAAAUGAUAGCAAGAGUCCUGGAGCAGCAAAAUGCUUUGUCCAAGGUUCUCUCUACAGACCGCAAAGUGCGACACCUACUGCCCUCAUGGCAGGACCUGGAGGUCCUGGAAUCUGUGAACAAGGCACUCAGCCCCCUCCAGCACUUCACGGAUGCCCUGUCAGGUGAACGUUAUGUGAGCAUUUCUUGCGCGAAGCCUGCUCUGCAUCUUCUGAACACCUCAGUGCUGGCUGAAGAGGAAGAGGACAUUGACCUGACCAAAUCACUGAAAUCAAAAAUUCUGAACUACCUCAACGAGAAACAUGAAGUCACGCAGGACCUGCUAAACAUGUCCACUUUCCUAGACCCAAGGUUCCAAACACAAUGCAUCUCUGCAGAAGAGAUCCAGACCUUAAAGGAACGAAUCAUCUCAGAGUUGAUAGAAAUUCACCAGCAACAACCUGUAGCCCAAAGCACCGCAGCAAUGGAGAAGGAUAGCCUGGAUGUGGAAAAUCCACCUGCUGCUAAAACCAAGAAGAAAACUCUGGCCAGUUUCUUCAAGGAAACCACACGCACAACGCCAACAGCAUCACUGUCAACCAUAUUUGAUCCCAUGGUACAGUUUAGAGAAGCAGUGGCUGCUGAACUCAACGCUUACAUUUACAUGCCAUGUGUAGACCACGGAGAAGAUCCACUGAAAUGGUGGAAGUUUCCCAAAAUAAACUUCCCUAGGCUAUGCAAACUAGCACAGAAAUAUCUGUGCAUACAAGCAACAAGCUCUGCAUCAGAGAGAGCUUUUAGCACUAGUGGUAAUGUUGUAUCGAAUCAUCGCUCUUGUCUGAAACCAGACAAGGUGGAUAUGCUUGUUUUUUUGGCAAAGAACCUCUCAAGUGAUAAGUAG